AUGCCACGGCCAAUUGGAGAACAACUGGCGCAAGCACCAAUUAAUGGCGGUUUGGAGAUGCCUGCUUCUACUUGCAGUGAUAUCCGCGCUCCAAAGACGCUCAUUUCAGGAGAACCAAAUUUAUUUCCCGAACGGCUAAAACGGCGAGCAACGGAUAGCGUAAGAGGAGCCGGACGAUACCACUCACAACGGCGGCCAGGCAACAGGGAUGAGUUUGAUGGACCAACUCAGCUUCUAGACAUGCCGUCUGCUAUAACCGUGGAAAUUCAGGAAGAUGAUCUCCCUCUCCUUCCUACAACUUUGGAUGUGCAAGAACAAGAUCAGAUCCUUUCUGAUGUUAAUGAUCGUUUGUCAAAAUGUGCUUUCGAUUUUGUGGCAAAAUACCAGUUCCCUAUCCCUCUAGAAUCAGACAAAAAGCAUGUUAGGAGCCCACAGGACCGCGAAUGGACUGAAUGGGUUUAUCUUUUGAAAAGGCUUGCCACGAAGCGGCGAAUUCCUGCCAGGGUCCUGUAUAAUGGGCAGAUUAAGCAGUUUGUAACCGUGCUGGAAAAUGCCCUGGAAACACGCCAUGUGACCAAGAAUCAAAAUCGUCCGUUGAAAGACGACCGCAAUAUCCUUCAGUUUAUUUCCGCGGGAACCCAAGUUGCUAAGAUCCUCAAGGAUGCUUCUGCCAUGGAGUACUUUGAUUGGUUGUAUGUCCAAACAGAGAGAUAUAUCCACGAACGGCGAAUUCACCGAGAGGAACUUGCAUUCCAUAAUGGCCUCUAG